CUCUGCUUCGCUCCCCGCGUGCGGACCCACACAAACGGAGUUAAGGAACAGUUUGAAAUACGGCAAAGAAAAGGAAAAAUGCAAGACUGCAGACAAAAGGAAUGUUUAACAGAGUUCAAAGGCUGAACCCAGUGUUGUGGUCUCCAUGAGUAACCAGACAGAGCUCCCUGCUUCCCCUUCAUGCCUCUCUCAGUUCCUUGACGCCCACCUUUCACCCUCUCUCUCCCCACCUGACCGUUACACCUCCUCAAUCUUCUUCCCUUAAAUGAUGUGGUCUGCGGUCCGUGCUCUGCUCCUGGUGCUGCUGGGUACCGGAGUCCUGCUCUCCAGCGGAGACUCUCCCCGCAAAGAAAUUAAGAUCGAUGGGGACCUGGUUCUGGGAGGCCUCUUCCCCAUCCAUGAGAAGGGCAUGGGCAUGGACGAAUGUGGCCAGAUCAAUGAAGGCCGUGGCAUCCAGCGGCUUGAGGCAAUGCUCUUCGCCAUAGAUCAGAUCAACCAGGACUUAGGUCUGCUACCAGGUGUGGCUUUGGGCGUCCACAUCCUGGACACCUGCUCGAGGGACACCUACGCUCUGGAACAGGCGCUGGAGUUUGUUAGGGCUUCGCUUACAAAAGUGGAUGAUACAGAGUUCAUCUGUCCUGAUGGAUCCUACGCUCUUCAGGAAGACAGUCCACUGGCCAUAGCCGGUGUCAUUGGGGGAUCAUUUAGCAGUGUCUCCAUACAGGUUGCCAACCUACUGCGGCUAUUUCAGAUACCUCAGAUCAGCUACGCCAGUACCAGUGCCAAACUCAGCGACAAAUCUCGCUACGACUACUUUGCACGCACCGUCCCGCCAGACUUCUACCAGGCCAAGGCCAUGGCGGAGAUCCUGCGUGCCUUCAACUGGACCUAUGUUUCCACCGUUGCCUCAGAGGGUGACUACGGAGAAACAGGAAUUGAAGCCUUCGAGCAACAAGCCCGUUUAAGAAACAUCUGUAUAGCUACUUCGGAAAAAGUGGGACGGUCGAGCGCGAAACGCUCUUCGUAUGAGGCGGUGGUUCGUCAGCUUCUACAAAAGCCCACGGCCCGUGUGGCAGUGCUGUUUUUGCGUAGCGACGAUGCACGAGAACUCAUCGCUGCUGCCGCCCACCUCAAUGCAUCUUUCCUCUGGGUGGCGAGCGACGGAUGGGGGGCGCAAGAGAGCAUCGUCAAAGGGAACGAAUUCACGGCGGAUGGUGCUAUCACGUUGGAGCUCGCGGCUCAUCCUAUACCAGAGUUCAACCGCUACUUCCAGAGCCUCACACCCCUUAAUAAUCACCGCAACCCUUGGUUCAAAGACUUCUGGGAGCAAAAGUUUCAGUGUUCAUUGGGCAGUGCUUCGGCAGCAGGGGCGGGAACCCCAAAGCCACCUUGUGACCCAGAACUUACUAUCGACAAGUCAAAUUUUGAGCCCGAAUCAAAGAUCAUGUUUGUCGUAAAUGCCGUAUACGCCAUGGCACACGCCUUGCAUCGAAUGCAAAGAACUCUUUGUGCCAACACCACACGCUUGUGCGACGCCAUGCGGAGUCUUGACGGCAGGAAACUCUACCGGGACUUUCUACUUCACGUCAACUUUAGAGCUCCGUUCUCCCCUGCCGGCUUGGAGAAUCAUGUAAAGUUUGACGCGUAUGGCGACGGAAUGGGCCGCUACAACAUCUUCAACUACCAGCGUGUGCCAGGCAGCGACAAGUUCACUUACAUUCAAGUUGGAGAGUGGGCAGAGAGUCUUACCCUAAAUGAGGGCUUGAUCGGCUGGCCGAGGGGAGUGGACGUACCCACGUCUCAGUGCAGUGACCCUUGCGCUCCUAACGAGAUGAAGAAGAUGCAAGCCGGCGAAUACUGUUGCUGGAUAUGUACUCCCUGCGAGCCCUACGAAUACCUGCCAGACGAGUUCACAUGCAUGCCCUGCGCGCCUGGCCAAUGGCCCCGUCCCGACCUGACCGGAUGCUACGACCUUCCUGAGGACUACAUCAUGUGGGAGGACGCUUGGGCCAUUGGACCCAUCUCGAUUGCAUGUGUUGGUUUCAUAUGUACCUUAAUGGUCUUCGUAGUUUUCAUUCGCCACAACGACACGCCACUGAUCAAAGCAUCCGGUCGUGAGCUGUGCUACAUCCUGUUGUUGGGUGUCUUCAUGUCCUACAUCAUGACUUUCAUAUUCAUUGCAAAACCUUCGCCUAUCGUGU